GGAGUUUGCAGCAGUCUCUCCUUUCUGUCCACGGCAUUUAGCGGAAAACAUCUGACUCCUGCUCGUUUUCCGAAGCCGUGUUCGGUUGGACUCAUUUUGCGCCGGAGCCGCGGAGGCAUCACGGGAACAAAAGUCGCCGUUUCUCCAGCAGGAUUUCAACAUCUUACUGCGCGCUUUCCCACUGGCAGAUAGCAAGAAGUAUGUGUGGGUGUUGAAGACUCAUCAGUUCAGUUUACCUCGCUGCCUCUGAACGUCGAGCCGCCGUCUGCCUUACCCCCGACUGUCCACUCGUCCAGUGAGGCUCGCUCCACACCAUGUCUGCAGAGGUGGAGAACAGCACUCCCACCCCCGCCGAUCCCAGCAUCGCACCCCCAUCGACACCCACCGCCUCUAACACCCCUCCCACCUCCCCUGCCACAUCCAAGGUCCCGUUCAAGAAAGAAAAGAAGAAGGUCCCAGAAAAGACAGAUGAGUACCUGCUGGGCAGGUUUAAAGGGGACGGUGUGAGGUACAAGGCUAAGCUGAUUGGCAUCGAUGAUGUCCCAGAAGCCAGAGGAGACAAGAUGUGCCAGGACUCCAUGAUGAAGCUUAAGGGUAUGGCGGUAGCUGCUCGGUCCCAGGGUAAACACAAACAGAGGAUCUGGGUCAACAUUUCCAUGUCGGGCAUCAAGAUCAUUGAUGAGAGAUCAGGAGUGAUUGAGCACGAGCAUGUGGUGAACAAGAUCUCCUUCAUCGCCAGAGAUGUAACAGAUAAUAGGGCGUUUGGAUAUGUGUGUGGCGCAGAGGGGCAGCAUCAGUUCUUCGCCAUAAAGACCGCACAACAGGCAGAGCCCCUGGUCAUCGACCUGAAAGAUCUGUUCCAGGUCAUCUUCAACAUGAAGAAGAAAGAAGCAGAGGCCUCACAGAAGGGUGAAAAUGGCAGCACUGUGGUUGAGAAUGGAAGUGAUGCCUUGCUAAGCGUGGACGGUGAAGUCAAAGCCGCCCAACCAGUGGAGCAGCUUGACCUUUUUGGAGACAUGUCGACCCCUCCAGACAUCCAGGCUCCAAAUGACUCUAAUGAUAUUCUCUUGCUGGACUUUUCUGCUGAAGUUGACAGCAAUCAGAAUUGCAUAAAGGGAAACUCCUUUGUAACUUCCUGUGCCGCUGACCGUAGAGCAUCUCCCCAGACAGAGAAUCCCUUUUCCUCAACAUUUGGCUACUUUCCAACCCCAGACACUGACCCUUUCAGAGAUGACCCCCUUUCUAAAUCACCCACUCGGUCGGCACCCGAUAAUUCACGCAUCCCCCUCGCCACCGCUCAUCACCUAAACAGCACUGCUGGCACCACCAGUAAGACAAUUAUUAACGGUGGUUUGAAUGGAGACUCUGAACACCUCAGUCAGCAGAUAAAUGGGUUAUCCAGUAAGACCAUGAUCCUCGCUCUCAGUAAUGGACAGUGGCCACUAGGGGGCAAAAUAACUCAGGGCAACACAAUUACCAUGAUCGACGGGAAUGAAUCUGGACCAGUUCUCUCAACCAAAAACCCAUUUUUUGACGCAUCUUUGACAACUGGCCCUGUCUCUAAUGGCAUAAACCAUCACCCGCAACCCCCAGUGACUCAUAGCAAGGACUCAGUAGUCAUAAACCCGCCUCCACAGAGCUCUAAGGCCGGACGAGGUCGAAGGAGUGCAAAGUCCACAGCAAGUGACCUGUUUGGAGCAGAGCUGUUUGCUGCUCCUGCUCAUUCUGAAGGGUCAUCUGCUUCAGUUGACCUUUUCAACAGUGCACCAGCCAACUCCACUCCCUCCUCCAUAGCUGCUCUGGGGAAUCUUCAGUUGGGUCCUCCAGCUACCACAAGUAUCCCCGCUGCAGGCAUGUGGGCAGCCUCCACUGCAGCACCCUCCAUGUUCCCCAUGCCAGGAGUGACAGCUCCAGGCCCCGGGCUCAGCUACCCACAGCCAUCUGCCUUUGGUGGUCUACCCAUACCACCUACAGCUUGGGGCCAGCCAAUGCCAUCUCAGUUUGCCCCACCUUUAUCCCCACCCCACAUCUUCUGCCAGCCGCCAGCAGCCGCGCCAGGCUGGGGUCAGUCGACCAACCCCUUCCAGCCUGGUCCAUCACGCCCCCCUCCGAGGCCACCUGGUAAGGAGGCCGCUCCUAAGAUAGAGAACAGUGCCUUCACAGCUUUGGACCCCCUUGGAGAUAAAGAGAAGAAGACUGGAAAGGACAUGUUCAAGGACUUCCAGCUCGCCAAACCCCCUGCCAUCCCAGCGAGGAAAGGCGAGCUAGGGUCCAACGCUGCUCCAACCAGCAACAAGGAGCAAGGAGCAUUCGAUCAGUACUUUUCCAGUAAAGUGGGCGUGGUGCAGGAUAGUGCAGAUCAUGAUGACUUUGAUAUCAAUCAAAUGUCAGCAGUCGUUAAUGAUGUUCCUAAACCAGCUCCUGCUCCAGCUGCAGCUCCGAGCUUUAACCCUUCUGCUCCCAGUGCAAACAAUCAGGACAUGUUUGAUGAAGCAUUUGGGGCCCCAAAUUCCAGUCCAUUUGGAGUGCCGCCCGUAGCCAUGCAGACAGCUGCUGUUGGUCAGUCUUCUGGUUCAACAGCUGCUUUUGGGGAUCCUUUUGGAAAUCCCUUUGCCUGACCGUAACUUUGUCCAUAAUUGAAAUGGAGCAAAUGGAGAACUUAACAUCAAAUAACAUCCUCGGGACGAGCUGCUACAGCGUGUGCAAGACAAUCCAAAUGAUGAACUCUUCUAUCUUUUGUCCUUGACCCACCCUUCUUUUACACCUCCACCUCUGAUGUUGUUUUUUUCUGUCCAAUCAGUAGUUCCCUUAUUUCUAAAGACCACUGAUCUAAGAAGUAAAUGUAAUGUCAUGAUCUGCUGAAGAAAGAAAUGUGGUGUGUGUGUGUGAGAGGGCACGUCCAUAGAGGUUCACUGCUGAUGCUGUCUGUGUUGAAGAAAUAAAAUAAUUCAAUCAUA